UGGAAGGCUUGGUUUGAGUCCCGGAGUGUGACGUCAAGCGGUCUGUCUGUCUGUCUUGCGGGCACCGGACGUGUUCAGGGGAGGGCAAGAACGCUGGUUUUGGGGCUAGAGAGGCUCACAUCCAAGUCUAUAAUGGACAAGCAACAAAAUGACCAGUUUAAGAACAGAAUGGGAGUCUUCAAGAACAAGGGAAAGGACCAGGAUGAAAUGAGAAGAAGAAGAACAGAAGUCACAGUUGAACUCAGAAAAAAUAAAAGAGAAGAAACUUUUUUAAAACGAAGAAAUGUGCCAGUUACAGACUCCACAACAGAUGAUGAUGAUGUUGACAAGCAGCUAACAGCAGCUAACUUGGCAUUGAUUGUGGAGAAUGCAGCAAGUGAGGAUCAGAUGGUACAGCUGCCAGCAGUACAGGCGGCUCGAAAGCUGCUGUCUUCUGACAGAAAUCCACCUAUAGAUGACCUUAUUCAGUCUGGCUUCCUUCCUAUUCUUGUUAAAUGCUUAGAAGGCACUGACAAUCCUUCACUGCAGUUUGAAGCAGCGUGGGCCCUCACCAACAUAGCCUCAGGUACUUCGAGGCAGACACAGGCAGUGGUCCAUGCUGGAGCUGUACCUUUGUUUCUUAAGCUCUUACACUCUUCAAGCCAGAAUGUUUGUGAACAAGCUGUCUGGGCACUAGGUAAUAUAAUUGGUGAUGGGCCACAGCUCAGAGACUACGUUAUUUCGUUGGGUGUUGUCCAGCCACUCCUUAGCUUCAUAAAUCCAGAGAUACCCAUUGGAUUCCUAAGAAACGUUACUUGGGUUGUCGUAAAUCUGUGCAGAAACAAGGAGCCUCCACCACCCCCAGCAGACAUAAAGGAAAUAUUGCCUGCCCUCAAUAUCCUCAUCCAUCACCAGGAUACCUCAAUACUGGUGGAUACUGUCUGGGCACUGAGUUAUCUCACUGAUGGAGGAAAUACAAACAUUCAACUGGUCAUAGACAGUGGGGUGGUACCAAAGCUUAUACCUCUCUUGUCUCAUAAAGAAGUCAAGGUUCAGACAGCUGCUUUAAGAGCAGUUGGCAACAUUGUGACUGGUACAGAUGAUCAGACACAAGUUGUGCUCAACUGUGGUGCAUUGUUUCACUUCCCUGCUCUACUUACACACCAAAAAGAAAAAAUUAACAAGGAGGCUGUGUGGUUCUUGAGCAAUAUCACAGCUGGUAACAAGCAACAAGUGCAAGCAGUGAUUGAUGCAGGUCUCAUUCCCAUGAUCAUCACCCAACUGACCAAAGGAGAAUUUCAGACACAAAAAGAAGCUGCUUGGGCUAUUAGUAACCUCACCAUCUCAGGCAGUAAACAGCAGGUUUCUUAUCUUGUGAGUAAGGGUGUCAUUCCACCUUUCUGCAACUUGUUGACUUGUAAAGAUAUUCAAGUCAUUCAGGUGGUUCUUGAUGGCAUCUCCAACAUCCUCAACAGGGCGGGUGAUGAAGUUGAGGUGGUAGCAAAUAUGAUUGAGGAAUGUGGCGGUUUAGAUAAAAUUGAAUUUCUACAGAACCACGAAAAUGUUGAUAUAUAUAAGCUGGCUUACAGUAUAAUCGAAAGAUACUUCUCUGAGGAUGAAACUGAAGACCCCAGUUUAGUUCCAGAAUCAACAGAAACAGAGUAUGCAUUUGAUAAUAAUAGUACUAGUGAGGGAGGUUUUCGCUUUUAGUGACUAUUGGCUCAUAGGUAUAUUUAAUUUACUCAAAUAAUGAAUCAUAUAAUGAGUGGUAGGUGAAGCUUACAUAUAGCUGUAUUUUUAAUAUUGAAAAUAGAAAACUACUGUUUGAAAGUGUGUUAUUUUCACACUUACACCUCAGAAUACAAGUUUACACAUCAUUGUUAUUAGUCCUUUACUGUUGAUAUUUCUGUACAUGUCCACAUCUCAAUGAAUAACUAAAAUUUGCCUAAGUUAUUCAUUAUUCAUUCAAAUUUAACUAAUUAUCAUUGUAUUCAAACUAUAUCAGUUUGGUGAGAUUUGGCAUACUCAUUGCAGUUUUGAAGUGUACAAAGAAGGUUUGUACCAGUACAUGUCUUAAAGAGAAUAUCUGUGCAGACCACCAUCUUGAAAAUGCUUUCACUGUGCUGAAAUUGGACUCAAAAUAGAUGAAACUGGUAAUACAUGUUAUCAUAAAAUUGUCCUUAUAAAGAAACCUAUGUGAAUUACAAACAACAAUCAUAAAUAAAAAAAAAAAUUUUGGUCCAGUUACAAGUAGUCAUGAUUAUAGUGAGGAAUGUAUUGAGGAAAAGUAAAAUAAGUGAGAGGAAAUCAGGUGAAAGUUAUAUAAUGUGGCCCCUGUGGUGGUCACUUGGGCUAUUUGGGAAUGUUAGCUACACUUCACAGCCAGUCAUUUAACUAGCUGUUUGUCAUUGAUAAAAUGCUGAAUGAAUUGGUCAUUGUCAAAGCUUGCUGAGUUCUCAUGACACCACAAUGCCCUGCCUGAAAUUAUAUUAUUGUGGCAUAAAUGCUUCCCUUUGGAAUAUAUUGCUUUGAUUAUGUAGGUUUCUUCUGUUUUUCAUUUUUUUUUUUAUGUUGCAUGUAUUUUACAGGUUUCAAUUUUUAUUAUUUGAUACAAAAUUUCCAAAAUUACACACACACACACACACACACACACACACACACACACACACACACACACACACACACACACACACACACACACACACACACACACACACUAUUAGUGGCUGCUUCCAUAUUUGAUGAAUAAGCAAAGGCAGUUUUUAGAUUGUGUUGUGAAUUUGUCAUUUCCCAGAAAGAGUAUUUAAAUAUUUGUCUUAUUUUUGUUUUGUGUGUGGGUAUGGCUGUGUGUGCAUGUGCAUACAUGCGUGUGUGUUCGUUUGUGCGUAUGCAUUAUCUAUUGGUUAUAAACAAUUUUCAGCAGUCCUCCAUAUAUCUAGGGGUAAGGGACCUCUGAAGUCAUAUGUAUUAAGCAAACAAAGUUUAUGAACUUCCCACUAUGAUAGUUAUUGAGGGUGGGAGGGUGACAAGACCAAAAUGCCUGGUAAGAUAUUGUUUAUAUAGUAUGUAAGAGAUUUUAAUAUGACAUGCUUUUUAUAGAAAAAGCAGGUUAUUGUUGAUAACAUAAAUGAAGGCAAGUUGUCAUCUUUUCAAGUUUUGACCAUAGUGUGGAGUUCAUGAAGGACAAGGGAUUAGCAAGUGGCACAAACUUCAUUCACAGGUAUUUGCUUCAUUUGUAUUUUUGUUAGUACUUUUGUAUUAGUACCAUUGUUAUUUGACACAGUAAAUACUUAAAUAUUUAUUCAUAAUGUAUGAGGUCCACUCAGAAAGUUUACAACCUUAGGCUGAAAAGACAAUUGCUUACCUUUCACAUGUAAUUUGGGUUCCAGAUCUAAUCUCCUCUGUUGCAGUGACUACAAAUUUAGCUCAGCGGUACUUCCAUAGCAAGAAACAUUUCUGGAAGACCUGUUUUGGCAUGGCUAUGUUUUGUUGUGGUCUUUUUUAUAUAUUCUUAGCUCAUAUCGCAACUUUCCUGAUGGUAUGUUCAUUUGCGGGACACCCAGAAAUCACAAGGAGCUAUGUGUGGCAAGCAGGAAACCUGCUCAUGCUGAGGCAUUCCAAGCUUGGCUAAGAAAUCAUGGAUCAGGUACAAAGGCUAGGGAGUUGUUAUGCAGCUGCCAAUGUGUGCCUAUCACAGGCCCAGUGUCUUUUCCCCCUAACUGCUUUAUGAAUAUCAUUAAGAACCUGUCCAUGAUACUGUUUGUUGACAGUUUAACCAUCUAGUGCAUUUUAAUCAUGCACAACAUCAUGAUAGUCAAGAGAAGUCAACACCACUGACUUUUUUUUUCUCUUAGGGUUGGGGGAGACAACAGAUUUGUUUUAAUAACAGAGCCUUUAACUCUGGUUUCUGAGUUUUGAAAGGAGAUUGGGCACAAAUUUUGUGAUCACUUACAUGCCCAAAUAAUUUGUUACAAUGGCAUGUGCUGAGCCAUUGCUAGGCCCAAUAUUAUUAAUAGUUUUCCAGAUAAUCAAUCAACACACUUGGUAAGUGAUGUGUGGGUUUCAGCUUGUUAACGGUAUUUAUGAAUGCUGAAGCUCAGCCAUCUGUAAAUUUGUUUAACCAUUCUUUAGUAUCAGUGCUGGAAGUUUUCCGAGUUCUUUGAAAUAAUGCAGUAACAUUGCUCAUUGAUUCCAUCAUUAUAAAUAAAAAAAUAAAUAAAUAAAUAAUGUGAUGCACACAUUGGUUGCCUGGUACCAACAAACUCCUCAGGUAAGACUGUCGAUCAGAUCAAACUUGCACAGUAAGGUCACACUUCAUGCCAUUAUCACCUCGGCUCCAGCUGGUUUCUAGGUAGUAAAUAAGGUUGAAUGACUUGAACAGACCUCAUUUAGAGAAAAAUUUAAGGAUCCUUCCCUUCCAUGCAUUAAAAGAGAUAGUCAUAAAAAAAAAAGUGUUUUGGAUACUUAAAAGAUUUCUCACACCUCUUUGUCAUAAGAGCAGCAGCAGCAAAGAGUGGUGGAAGCACAUGGUUCUAAAUACUGACACCCCAUUGUUGUUUAUAAUGGCAUGAAUGGGAAUAUAUCAAGCUUGAGCUUUCAGAUAUAUUUAAAUUCUAUAUAGCCACUAAAGGAGCAUUGCCAGAUAUGUAUUUCUGAUAUUUUUUAAAAGCUUCAGGAAGAAUGUCCUCAGUCUGCUAAAUAUAUUUUCCUUACAAGUGCAGUCAACAGGGAUCAAAGACUAAAAUCAUGUAUUUUAUUCUGAUUUUUAAGAGGAUCAUUGUUAUAAGUACACUCAUUGACAGGAGUUGAAUAAUCAGUCACACUCACAUCCACUAUAUUUAGCAAAUUCCCACAGUCUGUAGUCCUCUCAUAUAUGUAGAAUCAUCAUCAUCAGUAUCUGGUUUAAUAUCUUUAUUUUCUCUUAUGGUUUUGGACAGCUUAUGAAUCUCCCCCAAUUUUUGUGUUCAUAGGUGACCUCUUCUUCCAAAUCUUGACCAUUGAUAGAAAGCUGGCAGAUCAGAGGAUUUAAGAAAGGGAAAUUGCUAAACAUGAUGCAAGUGAGUGCAAAAUGUUAUUUGACUUCUGACCGUGACUGUACAACAAUAGAUUUCAUGCAGGUUUUGCAUGCAUGGUUAUUGGCUAUUCCAUUUUUACUUUAUUGAAAGCUUGUGUGCUGGACUAUAUUUAAUGCAGGAGAUUAUAGACUAGUUAGUGUCUUAUCAUGGACCCUUCCCUCUCACUUGCCAUCACAUGCAUUCCUCAGCCUUAAUUGUCACCGUCUUACUUUUUUUCAGCAUGUGCAUUAAUUACCUUCUCUGACUUAUCUUCAUAUACUUUUUUAUUGUUACAGCACUAAUGCAUCAUAUCUUUUUGCUUAUUUUGAAGUCAUUUAAGUACUCAUGUUAACCAAACACCAAUAUAUUGCUACAAUAUGAUUAUAUGAAUAGGGAGAGAGAGAAAAUCCAAAGGAACAGGGUAGAUGUUAUGUAUAUUGGAUGAUAUCCUCCUUUUCAAUAGGAGAGAGAGAGAGAGAGAGAGAGAGAGAGAGAGGGGUGGGGAUAGACUAGGGAAUAAGAUAUAUGGACAGAAGCAAGGUGAUUAGCAACUUCAUGUAUAUUGUAAGGAAGAGGAAUUACGUAUACUUAAUAUAUUGUACUAUUAUAAAAGAUGUGAUUUUUUAUUGGCGCCAGUGAGGAGGUCCAGUAUUGCAUAUACUUGUCUAUGAAUUUCCAUAUAGUUGUUGGUUAUGUAUCCAUGCAGUGAAUUAUCAAACUUCUGUUGCUCACUAUCCUGCCCUCUCCAUGUGAAUGAACAAUCAUAACUAAAGAGCAAAGGAAAUGGGAAGCAUUAGGUUCUGUUGUAUGUCAUAAAGAGAUCAAUUAAACCCAUUUGUAUAUCAGGAAAAGGAUAAAGUAACAGUCAAAUGUAUAUCUGAAAAAAUCCUUUCAUUAUGCUAAACUGCUGAUGACUAAAGGUGUGACAAAUCAACUCAUUGCUUAUUGUUCUUUUUAUAUCCAUUUGGCAAACACUUCUACCAAGAAGGGUAGCAAUAUGCUGAUUUGCCACAACUAAAAAAGCAAUGCACAGAUUGUUGGCUCAUUAAAAUCAUAAAUUAAAUAAUAAGUGCCAUAUUGUCAUGAACAACCAUAAAGUUAAAGGAGAUACUGAUCUGGUAUAUAUUUGAUAUACUAAUAUUUCAUGGCAUACUACAGGCCUUACUAUUUAUAACUGCAUUAAGUUUUCAUCCCUUGCUGUUCAUUCACAUUCACACAAGACAUUAAGACCAUCAGGAGAGGUAAAAAAAAAUUAGUCCAACCUUGCAAUGAUGGAACUAUAAAAAAUUAACUGUACCUACCUUUACCUGGCACAAUAGACUUGCAUUCUCUUGAUAGGUAUGGUCUUCACAUCUUAUUUAUUGAAUGAUGAGCUUGCAUAUCUGUCAUCACAUUGCAGACUGACAGUAACAUAUCGAGUAACCUUGUCAAAAUGAAAAAAGACAGCUGAUUAAGGUCUAUAAAGAACUGUAGGAAAUUAUUCCACUUAAUUAUACUCCCUGAAAUAUUUAUGAUAAAGGUUUCAAAAGGGAUAAGAAUAAGAAUCUGAAGUUUCUGAGGUGUCUUGGUGCUCAUUUUGAAUCUUCAGUAAAAGAAUAAAAAAAAAAAAAACUGAGAAUUGAAGAAAAAAAGAUUAUAGUAAUCUCUUGCAGUAGGAGUAAUGGGCAUUGUAAGGAUGAGAGUAAACAAAGUCUUUCACUGUGAGAAUGGAGGAGGCAUGAAAACAUGCAGUUGGCAAAUUAGCAGUAACCAAUAACUGCAUUUCCUUUUACUGCCUUUCAUCAUUCUCUCUCUCUCUCUCUCUCUCUCUCUCUCUCUCUCUCUCUCUCUCUCUCUCUCUCUCUCUCUCUCUCUCUCUCUCUCUCUCUCUCUCUCUCUCUCUCUCUCUCUCUCAUUUAAUAAUACAUAUAUUAUGAUUUUUAUGUAUUACAACCCUAUCUUUGAGUUUAUUAACUGAAUUAAACUAGUCUGCUUCAGUGGUCACCUCCACACACCAACACUUUCAGUAACCAAUAUCAUAACAUUAGCUCAGUCACCACCAAUACUUCCUUGUUCUGCUCCCAACCAGGUCACGUGUCUAUAUGACCAUGACAAGUGUUGUAGCAUUUAUUUGUUGCAGCUGCUUGUGGCAUUGUAAAAGACAACUUGGGAAGACUUUAUUUGCCUUAUCAUAGGUCUCAGUAAGAUUUGGAGACAAGUAAAAUAAAGUUAAUUAAGGAAUUACUGACAGGGGCCACAAUAAGGUUUAGGGGGGAGAAGGAAAUGGAAAGGAAUCAAGAAAUUAUAACUUAACUUCAUGAUGAAAUAAAGGCACUAUCUUGAUAGUAAAACAAGUGCAAUGAUAGCUAAACUUAAUAUUAUAUUUUGCUCAGUUGAUUUUUAAAGAAUUAUUUAGUUUUUGUUACUUGAUUUGUUAUGCCCUUGUCAAAUUGGGUUACAGAUUUUAAAAUAUCAAAGUAUAAUAUUUUGCUGGAGAUCUUUUUCAAGCAAUUUUAAAAGUUUUCUAUGAUGUUUAACACUUUUUUCAGUUUUUCAGUUGUAUUACAGUUGGGAAAGUAUUACUUAAUUUUGUCUAUCUUUUAUUUUACUUUCAGUAACUUGUCAUAUCUUUAUUUUUUUAUUUUAUUUAUUUAUUUUUUUAAUACAUUGAAAAGACAUGGUAUCAUAAUCAUUAAAAGAAACAAAACAAACAAGUCAGGUUGCAUACAUGACCUCAAAAUCAUCAGAUUUUUAUUUUGUGAAAGUUUCUAAUUUUUUUCAUAACAUGGAUUCUGGUAAAUUAUAUCCACUGUCAAUAUGCUUUUCACAUAGAAGUUUGUUUUAAAUUCUAUGCCCUUCAGUUUUUCUCCAUUAAUUUGCAAAUGAAUAUGCACAGUAUUAUAUGUUUUUUGACAGCUUUGCAGUCCUCAUGAUUUUAAAGACAGUAAGCUGAAUCAGUUAUGUUGAAAAGACAUAGAUACCUAAACUUUUUUUUUUUUUCAUAAUUAUAUAUUUGGUAACUAAAGAAAGUGUUACCUGAAACCACAGAAUAUAUAUGCUGUAGUCUUUCCUCUGCAUGCCUUAGAUUAAUGCCCUAAACUAACUCAUGUCAUGGGGUCUGAGGACAUGGAAACACUGUACAUAAUUGUCACUGACAGGUCUUCCACCUACUGAUUGGAUAACUUAUUUCUAUUUUGAUUUAAAAGAUGCAACAAGUUAACUUUGUAAUCCUGUAAAAGCUCUAUUAAUUUUUAAGAUAUACACUUAUAUAGACAAUAAUACAGUAUAUUAUAAAUGAAUUAAUACUAAGUCAAUUUGCCCUGCAUUUUUCAAACAGUGCUGCCUAGUGGAAGUAUUGCCAUGUUUACAUGUUCUCAGAAUUACAGUGCAAAGUCUAUGACAUGAACAUAGUGUAGCAGUGCUUCAUGUAUAUCAAUAAGGAUUUAUAGCAUUUCUUUUUGGUUUAGUUUAUUAGUGACCCAAGGUUGAGUUCGUGAGCAUAUCCCAGCAUGUAUGAACAAACUGUGUUGGACAGUAACUGUAUUGGGACAAGAAUGGAACACAAUGUGAUUCAGGACUAAAGGCAGAUGUUCAUUGCAGCACUUUUAUCUCCUGUAACAUAAAUUAUGCAUUUCUGAAUGAAAUACUAGAACAAGACAAAGUUUUAACACAAUUAAGCAGUUAUUACAGCUGUGAGGGGGAGGCAUCUAUGGUGUAGGAUGGAAGAAUUGAAGUUUCUCUCUCUCUCUCUCUCUCUCUCUCUCUCUCUCUCUCUCUCUCUCUCUCUCUCUCUCUCUCUCUCUCUCUCUCUCUCUCUCUCUCUCUCUCUCUCUCUCUCUCUCUCUCUCUCUCUCUCUCUCUCUCUCUCCCCUUCAUUUUCUUCACUCUGAGAGGACUUAGGAGAUAGGGAUUGGUCUAUGGGAGUAAAACAUGAAUGUUUGAAGCUAAUCUUUGCAGGUCAAGAAAAAGAUAGUCAUGAUCAGAAGCCAAGUAACUUACUACACUCACAUUACGUUUUUGCCUCCGUCUUAGUCUUGUGAUAUGCCAAGCCAUGAUCAGAAGCCAAAUAACUUACUACUAUACUCACAUUAUGUUUUGCCUCUAUCUUAAGUCCUGUGAUAUGCCAAGACUCUAUCAAUUAUGUGAUUUUUUAUAAUAAGACUGACAGCAGAUCAGAGGACUUAUUUAAAAAUUGAGGGAAAACACAAUAUGCAGUAGGAGUGAAUAGAGCAAGUUAUCAACUUGUGACUGUGGCUAUACUGCCAGUAGAAAUUUAAUGUUUGCAGCCAAUUACAAUUGUCAUGAUUUGACAGACAAUAGUAAGAGAUACAUGGAAACUGUAUGGCUUGCAAGAGAGAGAGCAGACUAAAUAGUACUUACCAGUUCUGUUUAAGUAUAAAGGAGAAAAGUUAUUAAAAAUUAAUUGCAUAAAUGAUAAAAAGAUUUGUGUCCAAGGAAGAUGAAAGACUGGAAGACUGCUGGUAUCUAAGAGCUUAAGUAAUAUUGUAGUGUCCCCUUUGGACACUUUUUAGAAACUCGAGUAACUGAUAUGAAGUCAUGUAUUUGGACUGAGAGACCCUUGCAAUGGAUCAAACCCAGGAUCCAAGUAAGUUCCCAUGGACAUCAGGACCUUAAU